AUUGCUGCACUGUUUUAUGUGUUGAUUGUCUAAAGAUAAUGGACCAAAGGAACUCACUUGAGCCUUCAGACAGUCAGUCACAGUCCACUGUCCCACUGUCUCCUUCCAUUCGUGUUCCUCCCAAACUGAGAGAUGGUGAGUGUUACCAUGUCUUCAUUAGCUACAGCAGCACUGACCAGCAGUGGACCCACUCCAUCAUCAACCAGCUGGAGUCCUAUGGCCUGCAGGUCUGCUACCAUGAUCGUGACUUCACUCCCGGGCGCACCGUGUUGGAGAACAUGUCCGAGUGCAUCCAGGAGAGCCAGAAGGUGCUGCUGGUUCUCAGCCCGGAGUUUGUGAGGAGCCGCUGGUGUCUCCUGGAGGCCAACAUGUCUCUGUUCAGAGACUGUCUGGAGAGGAAACCCAUCGUCCCAGUGCUGCUGCAGCCAGGAGUCUCAGUUCCUCUCCACCUCUGCCACCUCACCUACCUGGAAGCCAACGACCCUGAAUUUAUGAAUAAACUGUUCAAGGUGCUCUGCACCCCCAACCAGCAGCUUCAAGGGUCCACUGUGGUGCCCUUCCAGCCUCCCUCUAUCUACAACGGGAAAGCCCUGCAGCCUUUGACUGCUGUCAAUGAUGAGGGACUCAAUAAAUGGGACUGUGGUCAGUUCGGUGACAUGGAGGUGCCAGACCAACUGCGCCUGAUCAUUGAGGACCAGGAGAAGUACAGAGAGGCUGUGAGGAUGAUCAACAGUGUCUCUCAAACCAAAGUGUGGCUGCGUCCACUCUGGCUUAGACUACUGGUUACAUUGUUUGUUACAUUUUUUUUAAUGCUUAUCGUAGCUGGUUUUGGAAUUAUGCUAACUUUAAUCAUAAUUGACUACGAUAUUUCCAAAAACAAAAACACAAAUCUUUUUAGACUGGUGGUGCUCACUAGUACUUGUUUCUGCUGUGUUCUUUUUGCAUUUGUUAUUAAUCUUGCUCUCUUGAAGAAGGAUGAAGAGAAUUACAUUUUGAGGGAGAUGCAGAAAGCUGUAGGUCAGGCAAACACAAUCCUCUCUGAAGAGAAGGUGUUAAUGGGCUGCGUGUCCAAAUUAAAACUCUAUCUGGUGUAUGUUUCUCUGGAUGGUUGCAAACGUGAGUUUGCACAAACAUUUUCUGAGCAGACUGGUGCUGAGGACAUGUUUCAAAGAGCAAUGAUCUACUUCUCGUCAGGUUACGCCUCCUGCCUUGCCAAAAGACACUUUCCUUUUCCCCGGUCCAGCUCCACUGGUCACCUGGAGGGAGGGGUGUGUUUCUGUCAGUAUGUCUCGCAGCAGCUGAGCAUGGGAGAAUGGAAGUAGAGGGAUGAAAGAAAUCAAGAUGUAAUCUGUGAUGUGAUCAAGAUAAUAUAAAAAGAAAUCAAGUUAAUUGUUCAAUACAUGUCAGGUAAAUUAUCUGUCUCAGAAAAGCUCAUUCUUACUUAAGAAAUAUUACCUCAACAUACACUUAGGUGACAUACCUGCAGCCAACCAGCUUGUAUUGUGAGUGGAGUAAGACGAGCCACUGAGAGUUUUUAAGGGCAAAAUUACGGCAGUCAUGUCAGCAACAGAACUGAUUCUGUCACUUUAACAACCCUAAAAAGCAGAACAGUGAAGAGAUUUAUAUCUUCUACUUCCUGAGUUUUACCAUUGGUUCUUGUUCAUCCGCACAGUGUGAUCAGUCUUCAUUACUGUAUCAUAAAUAGGUAUGAAUUGACUUUAUUGUGAAUUCUGUGUUGUCCUGAUUCUGUGUGAUUAUAGUUUUUAAUCUUCAAAGGAGUAAUAUGACGCUGAAGGUUUUUGCAUGUGUGUGUGUGUGGUUGUUUUUUCAGAAAAAUCAAUGGUGCCAUGAACGCUGACGUGUUCUUCAGCAACUUUUUCAUGAUUGUGCUUCACUGAUAAAUAUUUUUAGUUUGCCAUGUACACUUUUCAUCAUGGGUCUUUAUAACUCCUACUAACUUUGUAUUUUAGCCCUUUUGAUUACAGGAUUAUGACCUUACUUCUUUUCUCAUGAGAGGGUACUUUCUGUAUAUUUAGCAACACUGAGUUACAUAAGAAGGUUUGAUUCUGCAGUGAGUGACAUCACAUUACACUUUAUAGAUUUGGGAAUCUAUUGUUAUAGUAGAUAUUAAUUGAAAAUAAGUGCUGUCUGUGUUUUGUUUCUUCAGUGGCAUUUGAAGCCAUCGGUUUCAUUAGAGAAGUUAUUUGCGAAUGAUUUGUACUUUAUUACAUGUGGGAUUAUCAGGAUGACUUGGACUAUUUUUUAUCUAUUUUGACAUUGACUGUUUUUUAUUUGUAUUUAGCAACUGAACAAGAUAUAAAUGUAUUACUGAAAGCUGAGUCAUUUGGGUUUUUCUAAAUUUCAUGUGGUAUUUACCUUCUGUUUAUAUCACAAUCCAAAACACACAGAGUUCUGAAAACAAAAGUAUGUUCAUUAAAAGAC